UUUUCGUUGAUCAUUCGUCUGUCUCGCGGGCUAUGCUUUGUUAUGGCGGUAUCGUUCGAAACUUACCAAAGUUCAGACGUCAACUGCGGGAAUCUUUAAAUACCCGGCUCGACAACCCAAACUAAGGGUUUGAGCCAGGUCAGCAACAUGAUGUCAUCACCAGCUGGACUCCAGCAGGGGCAGAUUAACUUCAUCUCCCACUGGGUGCCGGACAGCACCCGUGCUGGUGUGAUACUGCAUGGCUCACCUGGAGAUGCUAGUUCUGGAUCAGUUCGGAGCAGUGGCAGUCUGGUGGUUCAGGAUCCAGAUGACUCCUUCAUUUCUCAGUUUGCCCCACUGCCCAUCUCCAGGAGCAGCAGCUGUGCCAGUGUGGACAUGUGCAGUCUGGGUGGAGGCAGCAAAACUCCUGGGGAAACUCAACUGUCUGAUGCUUCUUUGAACAGUGAGAUGCAAAGUAUACAAGACAUUUUAAGAAACACACGAGACCUCCCAUUAAUAGCCAAGCUUGAACAGCUGAAGCAAAUGCAAUAUCGCAUGCAGGAGCAGCUCAAAGCCCACCAGCAAGAACAGUUGCUAAGACAACAACGUGAACCACAAAGGCUUCUGGCAAUACCACAGAAUACUGCAGAGACCACUGUGUGUAACCGUGAACCAAGUGUGGUGGCGUUGAACACCGAACAUGACAGUCAUUAUGAAUUUGAAGAAUCUCUUCAGUCCACAACUGAAGAUCAAACUAUGUACAGAAAAGAGUCUGACUCAGAGCCACAGGACAGACCCAUUAAAUCAGGCUUUGGUGGGAGAACAUUUGAGGAAAUACUGGAAGAACAGCUGAAGAUGGAAAACCAGAAAUUGACAAACGAGAAUCCACCAGCUAAAAGUGUAAAGGUAAAGAGACCCUUUCUUAAACGUGGAGAAGGUCUGGCCAGAUUUACCAGGGGAAAAGCCACUGUACCAUCAAACAGAAAAAGUCCACCUAACCCCAAGCCCUCAUCAGGCCAAAAUCCAAAAAAAUCUCAAGUCCUGGACAUGAAGUCGAAGAGGAACUCCAUAAACAAAUCAGAAGGCUCAAAAUCCACACAUCCAAUGAUCCAACGCAAGACAGCUGUGCUAAAUAAAGAGAACUUUCCUCAGAACAAAACCACAGGACCAGUCACCAAGAUGACCCUUCAACCUCAUGUUCUUGUUGCACAUCAGGGUCAAAAUAUGGGCUCCAUCUCAGCUCAGAUCCUCCCAAAACCUGACCCUUUGUCCAACAUGAAGAUUAACAAUGCCACUCCAACAGACUGCAAUAAGGAGAGAGAAUGUAAUCGUAUAAAGGAUAAUGCUAGUGUUGCAGAAAAUUCCUUUGAAGUGUGGUUCACAGAGCGAAGGGAGCAUUGGGAGCAAGAUCACAAGCGUGAGCGUGCCGAACUCGGAGAGUUUGAGCUACUAGAACGAGCAGCAGAUGAAAUCUCAUUCUCCAGCAACUCAUCCUUUAUCAGCACUCUGCUUCAGAGAGACCGCAGGCGUCUCUCCUCAACACCUAUUAAAUCCACUGGUCAAUCUACACUACCUAGUCAAGCUCUAGGUCCCACUGCAGCUCCUGGUCUCAUGUUGGGUCAUAGAGCACCAGCGCCUCCUAUAAACACUGCAAUACAGAAAGAUAUUGUUAGCAUAGAGCUGAAAGAACUUUGUCAUGAGGAAACUGAUGAGAAGUUUGACGACUCAUCGUGCAGUAACUCUGAGCUGGAACCUCUUUCCAACAUUUCCAAUCCACCCAUAAACCACUUUCAAGUGCCCAUCACUCUUCCUUAUGAUAAACGCACCUACCAAGAUAGAGAUGGUGCCAGCAGUCCAGAGGGGGAUGAUAGGAAUUCAAGUCAUAAUGAAGACUCUACUCUCAAAGACUCCAGAACCCAGUUAGAGUUUGAUGACGAUGAUACCUGGAAUGAUCCUGAAGAUGAGUCCUCCUGUCCAGUAGAGGAAUCUCCAUCAGAGAGGAUGCUGAAAAGGAAGGUUGCCUUCUCUAAGGGGGUGAAACCAGUAGGAGGGAGCCCAAAGGCAGGUGCAAAUCGAAAUGAAGCUCCAUCAACAAGCCAGUUGGUAGCAAAGCUGUUUCCAGCGCUGAAGCCCAAACCUUCUCCAGUAAUGAUGCCAGAACCACAGAACAAGCCCAGUGAGGAAGGAGCAGCUCAGUCAAGACUUCUUCGUGAGCGUUUGGUGGAGCUGGAAACAGAGAUCGAAAGAUUCAAAUCUGAGAAUGCAGCCCUGGCCAGGCUAAAGCAAGAGAACCAGGAUAUCAGAGAAAAUCUUAAAAAAGACAAGGCUGACUUUGAAAAGAAGAGGAUAGAGGAAACUGCUAAGUGGGAGGAGUAUAAAAGUGAGGAAUACAAGAAAAUGCAGCGUGAAAAGAAGCUUUUUGAAAAGCAUGCAGCAACUGUGAGAGCAAGACCUGACAAACAAGAACGAGAUGAGAUCCAGGCUCUAAAGCAGCAGUUGAACAUGAUGCAGGAGGAUUUGCGCAAACGAGAGGCUCGCUGGAGCAACACACAGAAGCGUCUCCGGCAGCAGGUGGAGAGUCUGAGUUCAGAAAACACAUCCCUUAGAGACCAAGUGCGGACACUGGAGAAACUGCGGCUCAGUGCCUGGAAGAGUGCUGAGAAAGAGAAGGAAAAAGGACGGUCCUCUACAUCUAGCAGUAGAACCAGUACUGGAUCCAAACCUACAGAUUCCAAGAGUCCAUCUCACAGUUCAAAAGGCAACAGCAGCAGAAAAGGAAGUCCAGAAACACAGAUCUCUCUCACAGACUCUGCUUUUUUUCCUGAAGUCAAAGAAACGCAGAGCUUUAAAUCAGAGCUCAGCCCAUUGGUAAACCAGAGUUCGGGUGUACUGGUUAUGAACGAGAGGAGCCAAGAUGCUCCACUGAAUAACUCUUUCCCUAAAUUGACCAUAACUGGACAGACAAAUGAGAAACAGGAAGAAAUCAUGCAGUCAGACAGCAAGAUUGAGAAGAUGCUUCCAGAUGGCGGCCGACUUGUUGUCUUUCCAAAUGGCACCAGGAAAGAACUUUCUGCUGAUGGCCAGACUGUAAAAGUUAUGUUUUUCAAUGGAGAUGUGAAACACACAAUGCCUGAUCAAAGAGUGAUUUAUUACUAUGCAGAGGCUCAGACCACACACAUCACUUAUCCUGAUGGCAUGGAGGUGCUUCAGUUUCCUAACAAUCAAACAGAGAAACACUUCCCAGAUGGUCGUAAGGAAAUCACUUUCCCUGAUCAGACGGUCAAGACUCUUCACCCUGAUGGAAGAGAGGAAAGUGUGCUCACAGAUGGAACAAUAAUACAGCUGAAUCCAGAUGGUAGUAAGGUGAUCCAGUUUAACACAGGUCAGAGAGAGAUCCACACUGCAGAUUUUAAAAGACGGGAAUAUCCUGAUGGUACGGUUAAAACGGUUUAUUCAGAUGGACGUCAAGAGACGCAGUACCCAACAGGACGGGUGCGACUAAAAGAUCCACAGGGAAAAGUCAUUAUGGACACUAAAGCUUGAAAACAAUGGGACUUGAAUGAAUUUGUUUGGAAUUUGUAAAUUUUAACUAUUUAUUUUUGUUUGUAAUUUCUGUAAAAAAAUAAAUCUGAAUU